AUGUCCAAGAUUGCAUACUCCACUCUCGCCAUUCUGGCAAUCAUUGCCAUGUCACAGGUUCAAUCAGCUGUAUUGCCAGUUUCAUCAACAGAAGAUGCACUUGUAACAUCUUCACCUUCUUCUUCUUCAUCUGAAACUUCAAUUGAUACAUUGGGAUCCUCAAGAGUCAAAAGACAAGGAGGAUGUGGUUGUUGUGGAUGUGGAUGUGGAUGUUGCGGAUGUGGAGGAGGAGGUGGAGGGUGUGGAUGUUGCUGUUGUAGACCAAGAUGCUGUUGCUGCUGUCGUCGUUGCUGUACCUGCUGCCGUACUUGUUGCUGUACGAGAUGUUGUACUUGUUGCCGUCCAUGUUGCUGUGGAUGUGGAUGUGGAUGCUGUGGAUGCGGAGGAGGAGGACGUAAGCGUCGUUCCCUUCAGAACCUUCGUAUCGAUGAGGCCAACAGAGCUCUCGGAAUCAAAAGAAGACCAGCUAAAGGAGGAGACAAUUGUUAG